GGUUUCCAAGGAGCAGCUGGUGGAUUUGAACUGCCGACCUUUUGGUUAGCAGCCGAACGCUUAACCACUGCACCACCAGGGCUCUGUAGGAGAGUGAUAGAUAUUUAAAAACCAUAAAACUAAACUGUGAUGACUGAAGUGAUGUAAAGUAGCUAGGCACAUGCUCAGUGUAUGACAAGCUGGGCUUCUGGCGCAGGGAAGUGGCUGGUGGCUUUGACCACCAUUGUAAAAGAUGGGGGAUUUCCUGUUCUGUCCUCCACCCACCUGAGGCUGCAGUGUCAGUUAACAGCUCGUGACAGGAGUGCAGAGUGUCAUCAGGGAACAUCUAGACAGUGGUGCGGUUUGUGCUGUUGUGGCUGGAGAGUGCCUCCAGUUACAGACCUCAACUAUGAAGAAACCUAAGCUAAUUAAAGCUAGUGUCUCUGAGGACAGCCUUCACCAGUCAGUCAGUGUGGCAGGGGACAUUGUUUACCAGAUGAAGGGAUGCUGUUUUGGAGAAGGACUCAUUCCACUAGCCCUCUGCAGAGCCCUUCCUGUGUAUUUCUAAUUCUUGGUUUGCCAGAAUUUCUCUUACACAUAUCUGUAAAACAAAACCAGAUUUCACCACUUACUACUGCAAGGAUGAUAACAGGUUGUCUGCAUGUCGCCCUCCUGUGAUCCGGAGCUGUCACUGCAGCAGCUCGUUUUAGCUGCGAAGAAAAUCAUUUCACUACCGGGAGCGCCCAGGAGGGAUUGGACAUGAAGUGAAAAGCUAGAUGGUAAUCCCAGGUGACACUUUUGCUUAGUUCUGUUUUUAGAAAGCAUGUAUAUGGGUAGUUUGACAUUAAGCAAACACGUAACUUAUCUUCUCUAUGUUUCUUUGGCAGCUGAAGGCUAUGCCGCGUUUCAGGAAGAUAGCUCCGGAGAUGAAGCUGAAAGUCCUUCCAAAAUGAAGAGGUCCAAGGGAAUCCAUGUUUUCAAGAAGCCCAGCUUUUCUAAAAAGAAGGAGAAGGAUUUUAAAAUAAAAGAGAAACCCAAAGAAGAAAAACAUAAAGAAGAAAAGCACAAAGAAGAAAAACAUAAAGAGAAGAAGUCGAAAGACUUGACUGCAGCCGAUGUUGUUAAACAGUGGAAGGAAAAGAAGAAAAAGAAAAAGCCAAUUCCAGAGCCAGAGGUGCUUCAAGUUGAUGUUCCGAGUCUCAGACCCAUUUUUGGGAUUCCUCUGGCUGACGCCACAGAGAGGACCAUGAUGUACGAUGGCAUUCGCCUGCCUGCAGUGUUCCGGGAGUGUUUAGAUUACGUGGAGAAGUACGGCAUGAAGUGUGAAGGCAUCUACAGAGUUUCAGGAAUUAAAUCAAAGGUGGAUGAGCUAAAAGCAGCCUAUGACCGAGAAGAGUCUCCAAACUUGGACGAAUACGAGCCUAACACUGUAGCCAGUUUGCUGAAGCAGUAUUUGCGAGACCUUCCAGAGAAUUUACUUACCAAAGAGCUGAUGCCCCGGUUUGAAGAGGCCUGUGGGCGGGGCACCGAGAAUGAGAAAGUGCAGGAAUUCCAGCGUUUACUGAAGGAACUGCCGGAAUGUAACUAUCUUCUCAUUUCCUGGCUGAUUGUACACAUGGACCAUGUUAUCUCCAAGGAACUGGAAACAAAGAUGAACAUACAGAACAUUUCUAUAGUGCUCAGCCCAACGGUUCAGAUUAGCAAUCGUGUCCUGUAUGUGUUUUUCACACAUGUGCAAGAGCUCUUUGGAAAUGUGGUACUGAAGCAAGUGACAAAACCUCUUCGGUGGUCUAACAUGGCCACUAUGCCCACACUGCCGGACACCCAGGAGAGCAUCAAGGAGGAGAUCAGAAGACAGGAGUUUCUUUUGAAUUGUUUACAUCGAGAUUUGCAGGGUGGGAUAAAGGAUUUGUCCAAAGAAGAAAGAUUAUGGGAAGUACAGAGAAUUUUGACAGCCCUCAAAAGAAAACUGAGAGAAGCUAAAAGACAGGAGUGUGAAACCAAGAUCGCCCAGGAGAUAGCCAGUCUUUCAAAAGAGGAUGUUUCCAAAGAGGAGAUGAAUGAAAAUGAAGAAGUUAUAAAUAUUCUCCUUGCCCAGGAGAAUGAGCUCUUGACUGAACAGGAGGAGCUUCUAGCCAUGGAGCAGUUCCUGCGCCGGCAGAUCGCCUCAGAGAAGGAAGAGAUAGAGCGCCUCGGAGCUGAGAUUGCUGAAAUCCAGAGCCGUCAGCAGCACGGCCGCAGCGAGACCGAGGAGUGUUCCUCCGACAGCGAGAGUGAGAGCGAGGAUGAGGAGGAGCUGCAGCUGAGCCUACAUUCCCAAGGAAGAGGGCGAGAGGAUGUUGAUAUAAAGAACAAUCACUUGAAUCAAGCAAUCCACGAAGAGCGAGAGGCCAUCAUCGAGCUGCGGGUGCAGCUCCGGCUGCUGCAGCUCCAGCGGGCUCAGUCAGAGCAGCAGGUGCAGGAUGAGGAGGAGCCCGAGAGGCGCGGGGGUGCAGCUCAGCCGCCCCGAGACGGCGUUCUUGAGACAAAAGCAGCUAGAGAGCAGCCAAAGGCGGCCAAGGAGCAAGCAAAGCCAUCGCCGAGCAAAGACAGGAAGGAAACACCCAUCUGAGCAGCCGGUGGGUCAGUCACGGCAUCCUCGAGACUGUAAAGACCUGUGCAUCUUACUGUAACACUGAGACCCAGUGCACACCUCUCCUGUGGUGAACAUUCUGUAACCAUGUCUUUUCUCCUCAGAGAUGCUUCUCUCUCACCUGUUUGACUUCUACCCUGCCAGGCUCAGGUUACGGGACAAAGCAACGGAGGCAUUUUUGGACUUGUAGGGGACAGAUAAGUUUUCCAGAUAGUAUCAGCUUAUUUGAAGAUUAAUUUUCUUUGUUUAACUUAAAAUAACUAUUUUAAUCCUUGAGUGGCUUCUUUUUAAACCAAAAAUCGUCUUUCUUUGCUUUUUUUUA